ACAGGACAGACAAGACGACAGAAAAGAGAGCAGCUGAAGUAGUUUCAGGAACAAAGACAUAAACCUCUGUCAGGUAUCCAGCAUGCGUGCUCUGGGGGUUCUGCCUCUGCUGUUGUGUGCAGUGGUGUGUGUGGUCCAGGUGAGAGCAGAGGUGAAGGCGGUGAAGCUGUGCGGUCGAGAGUUCCUGCGGGCUGUUGUUUACACCUGCGGAGGCUCUCGUUGGAGGAGAUUCCUCAGUGAGUCAGACAUGGACGGUUUGCCCACAGGGGAGCAGAACAGUUUGGAGAGCCUGAGCAGCAGCAACCCGGGCUCCGAGCUGACCAGACGGGAUAUCAACAACAUACUGACCACCGUGUGCUGCCAGGUGGGCUGCAGGAAGAGCGACCUCACCUUCCUCUGCUGAGAACAACCCCCCCUUCUCUCUUCUUCUCCCUCCAAAAGGACUCUGCUCUCUCCCGUCUCGCCUUAGUAGAAACCAAAUCUGAAUCAAAACCCUGAUAUGAUCAAUGUAUUGUAUGUACAAUAAAGCUCUACAGUUUUCCUAAUUGCUUUUGAUAUUUGUUUUGGUUAUUACUUUGAUGUGAAUGUGGAACACAUCUGUGAGCAUGUUUCUGAACCCGAGCUGGAAGAUAUGUGCAAAUUUAAAAAAUAUAUUUUAUUAUAAUAUAAAUGAACCUCUGAGAAUGAGGAAGCUAAGUUCAGGUAAAAUCACUCAGGAACUAUAUCACUUCCCACUCAGAGAGGACAGAUGUCUCAGCCUGGGCUUGUGUCCUGUGUGUAGCCAGAAUCCACAGGGUUGAAGGUUUGUACAAUUUCCAUCUCUGCUUUAUUGUAUUUAGAGGAAACUUGAGCUGUAUUCUAUCAUUUUGCUGUUUUUGUCAAAUAAAUGUUCUUGCAUGGGGCUUA